CUUUUUAAGAGACUGAGAGCAGCUGACUGAGGGAUUUGUUUUGCUCUGUCCCUUAGUCUCCCUACGAGUUAUAUCUACCAUGUGAUGAGCUAUGCCAGUCCCGUCUGUGGAUAGAUAAGCAACCAUCCAUUUAAUCUUCUAUGCUCAGUCUCAGGGAAGCUCAAGGUACAGAAGGAAGGACAGCCAAGGCCGCUCUAGUGUCACCUGUGUGCGUGGGAGUUAUUAGCCCUCAUGCAUGUGUAGGAGGUGACAGCCACCAGGAUGUUUGGCCUGGGGAACUUUGACUACCCCAAGUACCGAUCUGAGUGCAGCUCCAUCGCCUCCUUUUCCUCCGACAAUGGCUCCAAGAAGCGCCGCGGCUCCUUCUUGGACAGUAAUGAUGAUGAGGGCGAGUCCAUCAAGAUCCCUCGUACAUCUGGGGAGUGGAGCAAGAGGCAGAACCACAGUGAGAUUGAGAAGAGGCGGCGGGACAAGAUGAACACGUACAUCAUGGAGCUGAGCAGCAUCAUCCCUGUGUGCACCUCCCGCAAGCUGGACAAGUUGACAGUGCUGCGGAUGGCGGUGCAGCACAUGAAGAUGCUGCGUGGCUCCCUCAACUCCUACACCGAAGGGCACUACAAGCCGGCCUUCCUCUCUGACGACGAGCUCAAGAAUCUGAUCCUCCAGCCUCUUCAGGCCGCUGAUGGGUUCCUCUUUGUGGUGGGGUGUGACCGCGGCAGGAUCCUCUAUGUGUCCGAGUCUGUCUACCAGACACUUCACUACACUCAGGGAGAGCUGCUGGGGACGAGCUGGUUUGACAUCCUGCACCCCAAAGACUUGACCAAGGUGAAGGAGCAGCUGUCCUGCUCAGACAUCAGCCGCAGGGAGAGGCUUGUUGAUGCCAAAACACUCCUGCCGGUGAAGACAGACGUGCCCCAGGGCCUCACCAAGCUGUGCCCGGGAUCACGGCGGGCAUUCUUCUGCCGCAUGAGGUGCAAGUCAGCGCCAGUACUGAAGGAAGAGGCGGACUCCUCCACGGGCUGCCCCAAGAAGAAGUCCAAGUCACAGAGCUCAGAUAAGAAGUACAGUGUGAUCCACUUUACUGGCUACCUCAAGUCCUGGGCGCCCACCAAGGACCCCCUGGAGGAGGACUCAGGCAGUGACUCGGAAUCCUGUAACCUGUCCUGUUUGGUGGCAGUGGGCAGGGUGCACCAGCCCCUCCUGGCCUCGGGGGCACAGGAGGCUGCAAGGUUUGGCCGCACUGUUCCGCCACAGUCCAUUGACUUCAUUUCCAAGCACACCAGUGAUGGCAAGUUCGUCUUCAUUGACCAAAGAGCCUCACUACUGUUAGGGUGGCUGCCUCAGGAGCUGCUAGGGUCCAGCAUGUAUGAGUACUUCCACCAGGACGACAUUCCCUUCCUUGCCGAGACGCAUCGCUCCACCCUUCAGUCCUCAGAGAGCUGCAACACACAGGUGUACAGGUUCCGUACCAAGGAGGGCUCCUUCGUGCGGCUGCAGAGUGUGUGGUGGACCUUCAAGAACCCCUGGACCAAGGACAUUGAGUACAUCAUCUCCAAGAACAGUGUUGUCACGUCCGAGGCAGGGCUGGUGGAGAGCUCAAUGGCCAAUGAGGCAGUGUCACAAUCCUUCAACAGCUUCAAUGAAUUCCUGAGUUCACCUGACACACCACCACCAGGCAGCGCAGGUUCCUCCAAUACCAACAACAGACUCAUUGGGGGAGGCAUGCACGCUGGGAAGAUUGGCCGGCAGAUAGCGGACGAGGUUCUGGACAGCCAACGCAGGAAUGACUCAGCCUCCAACAGUCCUGUGUCACCCUUCGAAGGCAUCCUGGGCUCUGGGGCUUCCGACCGCUCCUUCGCUGCCCUCCUGCGCUCUGACAUGACAGCACAUAGGAGUAAUGUCAAGAACAACGUCCUUCUGAGCAGCAACACCAGCAGCUGUUCCGGCAGUGACACUAGCAGAGGGCCACAGCUCAACAACACCACCACCACCACCACUGCCAACAACAACCAUCACCACAACCACAACAACCAUCACACCAACAAUACCAUACCUGCCUCUGACCGCACCACCAACUUCAACCACAACAACAACCACAGGCAGCUAGUGUCCAACGAGGGGGACCUGAUGGAUGUGGUGAGUGGGCGCGACAUGGAGACAGAUGGGACAAGCGACUCAGACGAGGCAGCCAUGGCAGUCAUCAUGAGUCUCCUAGAGGCUGAUGCAGGUCUGGGAGGGCCAGUUGACUUCUCUCACCUCCCCUGGCCUUUACCAUGAAGGACACUAGCUACAUCACAUUUGCCCUUCCCAUUCAGUAAGGUCUUUGUUGUAUCUGUGUCCUCCCAGUGUCAUGUUCCUCUCUCCUGCUGUGGCAUAGAGGCAUUGCAGUCCUGGCCGUUGCAGGGCCGUCUGGUGGCUGGUGAGUGCUCUGUGAUGCGGUGGUCUGCAGGAGGGGUCUGUGGCUCUCUGGGGGACGUCACCCAUUGAGGACUUUCAGUAGUGGAGUACAAAUUUCCAAUCAUGUAUGGGAUUUUCUCAUCCUUUUCUUGUACUGCAAUGCCAUCCAGUGAAUAGCUGUCUACUACUUUGUAAGACCACUUUAAAGAUUUAUGACUUUUCUUAAAAUAGGAAAAAAAAAACAAA